GCUGUAUGUGGGAGUAAGAAAUUAAUGCAAGAAGGACGUGUCAGAGUAAGAGGGAGCAAAAGACUCUUCCUGUGUGUAUUUCUGAGUUACAGCUCAGUGCUUGCUGCUUCUUGAGUUUCUGACAAGCAAAAUAUUAAGAUGAAUCGAUCAGAGGACCCCAUGGUGGAGUUCCAGGAGGAUGUUGAAAAGAAGGAGAAUAGAGAAUUGCGAAUAUAUAAAAUCAUUUGUUUGUCACUACUUGUGUGCUUAGUUGUGGUGUCCUUGGGACUUGGACUGGGACUUGGUCUGAAGCAUCAACAGUCUUAUUCUAUAUCAGCAAGCUGCAGGCAACGAUGCUACACUCCCUUUGAUGUUGAAACAAGGGACUGUCGCUGUGAUAGUCUCUGCAAGGAAGUUGGAAACUGUUGUUGGGAUUUUGAAGAAAUCUGUCUCCAGCCAGCUCAACUCUGGACAUGCAGCAAGUUCCGCUGUGGAGAGAAACGUUUACCCGAAAGCCACUGUUCGUGCUCUGAUGAUUGUUUAGAGGCUGGUGAUUGCUGCACUGAUUAUUCUUCCGUUUGCAAAAAGGAGAAUCGCUGGGCUGAUGAUUACUGCGAAGAUAUCACUACUCCAAAAUGUCCUGCAGGGUUCACUCAACCACCUUUGAUACUGUUUUCUUUGGAUGGCUUCAGAGCUGAGUAUUUACAGACCUGGUACAAACUAAUGCCAGUUAUCAAUAAACUCAAAACCUGUGGAACACAUUCUAAGUAUAUGCGAGCCAUGUACCCCACCAAAACAUUCCCUAACCACUAUUCUAUAGUCACAGGAUUGUAUCCUGAAACACAUGGUAUUAUUGAUAAUAGCAUGUAUGAUAUUAAUUUGAAAAUGUCCUUCAGUCUCUCUGGUAAUGAAAAGAAUGAUCCCAGAUGGUGGCAAGGACAACCAGUGUGGCUGACAGCUAUGUACCAGGGUUUGAAGGCUGGUACUUUCUUCUGGCCUGGGUCUGAUGUUAAAGUAAAUGGAUCAUUUCCAAACAUAUAUGAAAUAUUCAAUAAAUCCAUUUCAUUUGAACAAAGAGUAUUCACUGUCCUAAAGUGGUUAAGCUUACCAGACUCUGAGAGGCCAAACUUUUAUACUAUAUAUUUGGAGGAACCGGAUUCAUCAGGACAUAACUUUGGACCCGUUAGCGGUGGAGUGAUUGAAGCAUUACAGAACGUUGAUCAGAUUGUAGGGAUGCUGAUGGAUGGACUCAAACAGAGGAAUUUACACAAAUGUGUGAAUGUAAUUGUUGUAGCUGACCAUGGAAUGGAACAAACGUAUUGUGAGAAAAUUGAAUAUAUGACAAAAUACUUAGACUCAGUGGACAAUUUAAAGAUGUACAGUGGUCCAGCCCCUCGCAUUCAAACUAUCAAUGUUCCAGACGACUAUUUCACAUUUGAUUCAGAAGGAAUUAUCAAAAAUCUUUCAUGCAGAUUUCCUCACCAGCACUUCAUACCGUACAUGUCCCAUCACCUGCCAAAGCGCUUCCACUAUGCCAAGAACAUCAGAAUAGAUAAGGCUAAUUUGUACUUGGAUGAACAAUGGUUGGCUGGACGAGACGAGAAAAGUUUCAGAUACUGUGGUGGUGGGAAUCAUGGAUACGACAAUGAAUAUCGAAGCAUGGAUGCCAUCUUCAUAGGUCAUGGGCCAGGCCUCAGAUCUCGGACUGAGGUGGAACCAUUUGACAAUAUUGAGCUCUAUAACCUAAUGUGUGAUUUGUUACAGAUCACUCCUGCACCUAAUAAUGGAUCUCAUGGCAGCUUAAAUAAUAUGUUGAAGACACCUUUUUAUACCCCUACUUUUCCUACUGAGAUAUCCACUCCAUCUCUCUGUCCACUCUAUACACUGACUCCAAGUAAUAGUCUGGGAUGUUCUUGUAAUGUGUCGACUUCGCCUGAGGAAAUGAAUAAAAGAUUAAACCUUACCGCUGAUCAAGUUCAAUUAACAGAGGAGCAGAACAUACCCUAUGGAAGACCCAGAGUUUUACAGAACAUCACACAUUGUCUCCUGUUUCAUGAAUCCUACAUCAGUGGCUACAGUGAUGAUAUUCUAAUGCCCCUCUGGAAUGCCUACACUAUUUUUAAACCGGAAACAACGCCUUUACCACCAGUCAUUUCAGACUGCCUGCGGGCUGAUCCUCGGGUCUUUGCAAACAGCAGCCAGAAGUGUUCGAACUAUAAGGCAGAUUUAAACAUCAGCUAUGAUUUUCUGUACUCUCCCAAUCUGGUCACAUCAGGAACUGAGCAUUAUGAUGGUUUAAUUACGAGCAACAUUGUGCCCAUGUAUGAGGCAUUUAAAAUAAUAUGGCAUCACGUCCACAACAUCUUACUGCCAAGGUACGCAGCGGAGAGAAAUGGCAUCAACAUCAUGAGUGGACCAGUGUUUGAUUAUGAUUUUGACGGACAUUUCGAUAGUCCUGAGAAAAUUUCAGAGCACGUGAAUAAUACAGCAAUCCCAAUCCCAACUCACUACUACAUAGUCAUUACCAGCUGCAGGAACACCACAAAGACUCCUCUGCAGUGUGAAGCCUCACUGGAUGCAAUGUCUUUCAUUCUACCCCACAGACCAGACAAUAGUGAGAGUUGCCCAGACGGCAAGGAGGAGUCCCAGUGGGUUGAGGAGCGAGUUUGGAUGCACACAGCACGUGUACGGGAUGUGGAGCUUAUCACUGGCCUGGAUUUCUAUCAGGACAGGAAACAGCCAGUCACAGAGAUUUUACAGCUAAAAACGUGUUUACCUGAAUUUAAACCUAAAGUCUAAUUUUUAAAUUUAAGAACAAUUUAGUUCAAUACAACUCUCAAGGAAUCAGCUUUCUACCUUGUAAUCUCUGCAGAAACUAUUUACAGCAGUAAUUAGGUGACACACAUUUAGAAUGAUGAAAUUGCUAUCACUCUCUUUUUCCCUCUCUCUCUUUUGGCAUUUGAAGCCUCAGUCUGAAUAGAACCCAGUGUAUGGUCUAUGGUACCCAGGUCAAAAGGAGCUGAUACAUUCUGGAAGAUUCCCAGCAUUGACAAUAUCACAGUGUUGGAAGGACACAAGAAGAUUUAGACUGAACCAAAGACGCUUUUCAGUCCCACUAAGUAAAUACUGUACUCUAUAGUGUGGUAGUUCUAAAUCCACCAGCCACAUUUAUAGUGGUUGAAAAUUACUUAUUUGUUAUUCUUGUUAUGUUGCCUGUUUGUUUGUGUACCUAUCAGUCACUUUGUUUGUAUUUUGCUUGGGCCACAGGAACAUUUGGCAACAAAGAUUAAAAUCACAUAAUGAGAUGGAUUGCAGUAUUUAAAGCAUACCUGUCCUUAUCUUUGCCUCGCCGACUAGUCCCCCCUGAAGACUGAGAGAUUAGGUGUACAAUGUACUCCCAGUUCAAUGUCUAUGUAAUUUUUUGUGUUAGACUGGUCCAAUGGAUAUAUCCCACCCAGGUUUUUCUCUCCCCAGCCCCCACUCAAACCACAGGAUAAAAAUAAUUGUACAGUCAAAUGUUGAAAGUAAGAUAUUGCUUCAGAGUCCAGACAAAUGCAGUAGUAUUUGAUUCCAGUUAAAUGUUGCUCAACUCUAUAAAAAGUCAAUGAAAAGCCUUAAAA